AUGUGGGAGGCACAUCCAGAGGAGCAAUUCCACCUGCGUAUGCAUCGCGCGCAAUCAGUUGUUCUCACCAAUGCCGAGCUAGUCGAGGUUCGUGCUGCGCAACGCACAUUCGAAGGCGCGUAUAUGCGAACUGCGCUGGGCCAAUUCUCGUUUUCCCUCGUGAUUCUCAAGAUUUUUACGGACGAGUUUUAUCCGAUCGGUGCGCUGUUUGCCGUCUACGGCACUGCGAUUCUGCUGGUGGCCGUGUAUCGACGGUACGAGGGUCAGCGCCAGUUCUUCACCAAGGAGUCUGCGGACGGUCUGUUGACGCGCAAGUUUCGGACGUCGGGCGAUACUGUGACGCUAUUGACAAUUCUCAGCUUGCUGGCAUAUGCAACUUUGCUUGUACUGACUAUGCGGUUGACCAGGGAGUAG